AUGUCGAUAGUGUAUGAUUGUUGUGAGGAUGGAAAGGUUGGGUGGGAGGAUGGGGAGAGGAGGGGUUUUAUGGCUGGGACCAGCCAAGCCGAGUACCAGAGCUGGAGGAGGUCGAGGACCACUAUUGUCGAGUAUGGUCACAACAACAAUAGCAAGCUUGCGGUGCCGGUCACUGGCGAGCAGCUGCAUGCACAGGAAACAAGGGCAGAGAAUAACUGUAAUGCGAAACGCUCCAACCUGGCAGGAUUUUUGGUACUCCCUCUGGAUCGUAUCUACCAUUGA